UCUUGAUAUCAUUUAGCUAACUUUGGAACUGUUAUUGCUUGUAUUGUUUUAACAUUUUCAAUGACUUUUAGUGCAGGAUUUAAUGAAUUUACUCCAGAGGUGAUCUGGCAACUUCUUUUGCCCGUACUUGUAGCUGGAGCAAUAUGUUUGGCUAUCAAUUAUCUUAUCUGGCCAGACGAUAGUAUCAACAAUUUUUUAGGCAUCUCGAGGAAAACACUUGCAGGUUACAAUUCUUUCUUUAAAGAACAUACAGAUGCCUUUCUUCAAGAUUCACCUGUCAAUCAUAAUGUUACACUUCCAACUUUAAGUGCACAUCUUAAAAAUGGUAUUCUUUUAAUGAUUGAAUGUAAACGUGCCGUAAAAAGGGAAAUCCUGUUUUCUCGUAUAUCAGACGUAGAUUGCAGUGAGAUAUCCAAUUUGAUUACCAACAUGCGAAGCCCUUUACAUGGGAUCGGUGUCAGUCUAAUGUUGAAAAAUAAUUAUGUUUAUUCUGAGAAUAAGAAUAUGUUUUUUAAUAAAUUUAUUGAUCCAGUUACGAUGGAUGCAUUUACAACUUCACUCAAGGGUAUACGUCCUAUUAGUAAAGAAUUAUCGGACUUAUGUUACAACGCUACAAAUCAAGCCUCAAUUAGACUUGCCAAUCUUCACUACCCUCCUAGAACUACAUUAAAUAGUAUCCUGUGGCCGUUUCCAAGACUUUGGGUCUCGAAAAAGGCAACGACGACAACAAAUAAAAAUUGCAUAGGUCAAACUGAGGAUCCAGUGUCUACAUCAAUACUUUAUGAAACUAUUCAUCAACUGGAUGAAAUAUCUAAAAGUAAUAAAGUAUUUUGCAAAUUUCUUGGCUUGAAUGCUACUCAACUCCCUCGAAAUGGUCCACUCUAUUUACUCUUUCUUUAUAUAUUCAGUCUAAGACAACAUGCCCUUAGUGUUGCCUCGCUUUUGAAAUUAAUCGAAAAACUAGAAGCAAGGCGUGUUAAGCCUAGGAUAUUGUUACCUCAUCAAACAUUAAAGAAAUGGAUCAUGUCUAACAGUGAAGUCGGUGGCUCUGUAGGAGGUGAUGAAAAUGACUACGAAAAUCAACCAGGAGGGAAUGAUUUGGCUCGUGUGGGUACGCUUCAAAGUAACUCUCAUGAUUCUGAAAGUAAUGAUGUCUUUGAGGCAAAAUCGUCACGGAUAAGGAAGAAGCAAACCAAGUUUGCUGAUCCCGAUGUGUCUGCCCCUAUUACACCUAUGCAAAAGUUUUUUUAUCUUAUCUAUCUCUUUCUCCGAUGGCUUACAAACACUUCAACUUUGUUUGCUAUUAAAACGGCUAUUGGUGUUGUUAUGAUGGCUAUACCCGCUUGGAUGCCUCAGAAUCACGAAUGGUAUAUAAGUUGGAGAGGACAAUGGGGAAUGAUUACUUUAGUUUUAUGGAUGUUUCCAAUGACAGGUGCAUUUGUGUUUGGUAUUUUAUAUAGAAUUAUAGGUUCUGUUAUUGGGGCUGUUCUCGGAAUUAUUGUAUGGGAAAUGUGUCGUGGAAAUGCUUAUGGAAUGGCAGUUGUUUGCUUCAUUUUAUUUCUUCCUUUAUACUAUAUAUUCUUCUUUAUACCAAAAUAUCGAGUUAUUGCUUUAAUGACUAAAGUAACAAUGAUUCUUGUUGUCUCUUACGAAUACAGCUACGUUUUAGAAGGUUUACCUGGAUAUGACAAAGUUUAUACUGUAGCCGGAAAGAGAUUGCUAUUGGUAAUUAUUGGAAUUGCUGCAGGCGGUAUCUUAAUAUCUCUACCCUAUCCUCCUACAGGUCGUGUUGAGCUUCGUAAGAAAAUUGCUAAUACGAUGCGUGAUAUUGGAAAAUGCUAUGGAAUAUUAUAUGCUAGUACAAUUUCUCCUGCAGGUGUUGAAGCUUCGCCUACUGUUUCUAAAGAUUUUAGAAAGCUGACUCUUCAACUUCGACGACAAGUUGCAGAAGAGCGUGCACUUUUACAACAUACAGCUUAUGAACCUCCACUUCGUGGUUACUUUCAUUCAGAAAGUUAUAAAAUACUGGUUGAAAAGAUGGAUCACUUGUCUGAUCUUGUUACGAAUAUGGGAUUUGCACUACGUGAAGUAAGGUCUGAAUGGAGAAAAAAUAUUGCAUCUAUUUUGUUACAAGAAAGAAAAGACUAUCUUUCCGCAAUUCUUACUAGUGCAAAAUUGAUUUCUUCAACUCUUGCUGCAAAGACAGCACUUCCACCUUAUAUGAUUUCUCCAAUUGAUGCAAGGCAACGAUUUACAUCUCUUUUAGAAAAGAAAAUAAUGAUUGAUCCCAAGGAUAUCGCGAAUCCUUCAUUUUCUAGUUAUAGUGCGUAUCUUAUGAAUGGCCUUGUGUUUGUUGAUGAACUUGAAAAAGUGCUUAACGUGACUAAAGAUCUUGUAGGAAUAGAGGAUCCUGAUGAAUGGAUUCUUUCGCGUUCAUAAUAUAAAAAUUAUAUUUUAUAAGCAUGUAGAAUUAAUUAUUCUUUAUUAUUAAUAAUAGUAAUAUUAUUAUUAUUUAUUACUCGUUAAUGUAUAAC